AUGCCAGCCAGGGUGGGACUUCUUAUGGUUCUUCACCUCCUCACCUGCUCCCACUGCUCCCCACUCUACCCAACGCUCAGGUACAAUCCACUGCCUGUCUCAGGGAAGGAGAAGAGCUUUCAGCUUGGAGAAAGCAGCCCAGUUCAGAGCCACCAUCUUUCCAUGGAAGAACAGGAAGAAGGCAUCCUGAUGGACUCUGCAGGGAAAAGGAUGCAACGCCAUGCAGAUGCCAUUUUUAGCAAUAGCUACAGGAAAGUCUUGGGCCAGAUCUCAGCUCGGAAACUCUUACAAAAUAUUAUGGGCAAGCGACUGAGGAGUUCAGAGGGAAAUCGAGGGGAAGAAGGUCGUGAAGCACUGUCUAGACGUCAACUAGACAGCAUCUUGAUGGACAGCUGCUACCACAAACAGGUGGUGUUACAGGACUUCUUGGCAGCCAUGUUGCAGAAUCAAAGGCCUAAGGGGAUCACUAGCAAACUGGAGAACAUACCUGGGAUCCUCACGAGGUUCAUAAACUUGUAA